CUCUCUCUCUCUCUCUCUCUCUCUCUCUCUCUCUCUCUCUCUCUCUCUCUCGGAGCUAAGGGGUGGAGGCAGGCAGGCUGACGGACGGACAGAGAGAGAGAGAGAGGGAUGGAGGAGGAAAGAGGGAAGUAGUGUGGCUCUCCUUCAGUCGGUGUUUCGCACACAGCUCCGCCCUCCCUCCGCGGAUGAUCUUCACGGGACCCAAACGGCUGGAAAAUGACCCGGGGACUGACCGUUGAUCUGCUGCACGAGGUAAUAUCGCUCACCUUCAUCCUCGUUUCCCGUCUCCCCGGUUGGCGAUGACGGCUCGUUAAAUAUAAUCAUGUGUUUUUUUAUGGGGGGGACGAUGGGGGUGGAUAGUUACAUAAGAGUGCAAGGCGAAUCACAGCUUAAUUAGGAAGGGUUAUCAGUAUGCAACAACCUCAUGUAGAUCUGACUAUUAAUGUUUAAGAGCUCCGUUUUUCCUGCUGUGACAUAAUGGAGGAGAAUCAGCCUGUUAGACUGGGAGAAACAGGCAGGUGUUGGAAGAAAUGUUUCUGCAGGGCCGCGGCCUCAACAUCUUCACCACCGCCACCACAUGAUGACCACUCCACUCUCCACCACAGGCGAGAAAAACCGAUACACAUAGGUGUAAAAACAGGGAAACAAAAUCAGAGCAGGAUUUGGAGGCUUUUAGUAUUACUAUGACCAGGAUCAACCUCCCGUCUCCAUGGAAACGGGAAAUCUCCAGCCUGGUAGUUUGCUCUUCUCUUCCUGCGGAUGCACCUGAUCCCGAGAAAAGAAAGGAAAACAAUCACCUAAAGACGUUUAUCUGGUAAAAAUCCUGUUAGAAAGCUUCAAAUAACAAAACUAAAGAACCUUUCUUUGAUUUGAAAGCUCUCAGCUAAUUAAACUCGUUUUUUUAAUUGGGUUUAUUCUGUUACAGAGAAAAACGUAUCCAAGAGGAGUGAAUUCAGGAAUACUGGGAGAGUUUUUGUUGGGAAAAUGUGUUGCCCAAUCUUUUCCAGUACAGACAAAAUUGUUUUCAGUAAUGUGUUCAGUAAUUUGAGACAGCAGGAUUGAUCAAUUUGGACACAUUUCAUAGAUCAGUGUUUUUCAACCAGUGUCAGGUGUACUCUGAGAAAUAUCCGAUUUCACUUUAUUGGUCUAUUUUUUUUUUUAAAAUAACUUAUUAUCUGCAAAUAAUAUGCAAUUCUCAAGUGUCUGUGCUGUAAUCUACAGCCAUAGGUUUCACAUUUGGUGGGUAUGAAUAAACCGAGAGACUAUAUUGUCGUUAUAUAAACUGUAUUUGGGGCUACCAAGUGUCUUUUUUUAAUGAAAAAAUGUACCAUGGCUCAAAAAAGGUUGAAAAACACUGUCAUAGACCUUUGUUAUAAUCCUUCAUGACAGAUUUCAAAGAAUAAAUCUUAGACUUAAUAGUAUUAUAUUGACCUAUAGUUUGUUAUGGGUUAUUCUAUCAAGAAGAUAAGGCAUUUUAAGUGUUAAAGCCUACAAAGAGUGCGUCAUGUCUCAUGAAACUAUUAGGAGUAUAUUUCAACCGAUUAGAUUUCUCAAAGCCUCAAAGAUAAAUCUUGGUGAUUCACAAAUGCCAUCAACAAUAUUUCAAACAGCAUCAACAUAAGACCACUCAUAGUAAAAAUGAGCUUAUUGUAAUUAAGUUUUAUUAAGUAUAUGUUAUUUCUCUGUUCUUUUACUUUUUGGGAACAACUGUCUGUUUCAUGUUGGCGACACCCUCACGGGAGAGGUCACAAAUUUAGGUUUAAAGUUUUGUUUGUGUGCUUCAGAGCUGUUUAUUUUUAUGGUAGAAAUAUAUUAUUGCUUUCUUAAAGGGAUAUUCCUUUAUAUCCCUUUAAGAAACAAGUGGCUGCUGGAAGAGAGUAGGUGAGUUGUGUUAAGUCUCUUUGCUGAAGAAAUUAGUCAAAGCUAAAAAGAUGUUUGGUGGCUAGCGCUGUGGCUAGGACCCUAUAUGUACUGUUGAUGAAGUUAGGUGCUGUUCUGAGCCUUAUUUGUGGCUAUAGAGUGGUGUUUUGGUUGAGGUUUGUUUAUGGCUCCUCAGACCGCUGUGUAUUGCUAUCGUGCGGUCAUUACUAAAGUUGGUAUAAGUAGAGAAGCAAGCGGUCGGUAACAUUCAUCUCUCGAAGGGGUGUCUUACUUGGUGUUACGGUGUGUUUGACCCUAAAUUAAUUUUACACCAGAUUAUCCCUUAAACUCUCACUUGAAUUCACCCCAGCAAAUUACAGGUGAAUCACUAUUGUGUGUUUGAGAGGAUGAGCGUCAAAGAUGGGAAAACUGUAGACGUAGGUUCCUCAUCUGUCCAGCAAGCAAAAUCUAACAACCGAUCUAAGAACGUGAAUUCAAACAGAUUCCUAAAUUUACAUAAGAGUCCUGAGUAUAUGUUUAGACUUACCAGCGGGAAUAGACUGUGAUAUCCAGAAAAAUUGUGCAUAAUCACCUGGAAAAGAGAGUUGCUGUGUUCUUAUGUGUUUUUGUCACCUUUGAAUGAACUUUUUCGCCCUCUUCUUCUGGGGCAGAGAUUCUCUUCCAAGCCCCGAGGAUGUGCACCAGGAUUUCCAGCCAAUUUGACUUUGCAGCCAAGUUAUGUAAUUACAAAUUCAGGGUCUUUUCCAUGAUGCACGAUAUAGUUCUGGAAGAGGAAACAAUGCUUUGGCUGAGGAUUUUUGAUUUAAUCCCAUUAUCUUUCAAGAAAAGACUCUGAAAUGGGAUAAAAUGACAUCAAUAAAACAUGAACACAAAGGCCAACUGCUAAUAAAUGUGAAAAUGAUGUAAUAUUAAGUAAAAUGAGCAUUUCCAAUAGGCAUCAGUGUCUCUUGCUAGAAAAACACCCAUUCUGCAGUUUAUCUAUAACUCUUCAGCUCCUAUUCAGUCUAAGUUUACAGUGUAAUGAGCUCACUAUACUCUUUUCCAUUUGACUGAAAGAUUAUCUGCAGAUUAUCUGAGUUUGUCACAGCUCGACGCCUCCGUCUCCAUAUGAACCAACUCUGUUUUCAGUUUGUGGUAUUUAACAGUUCAGUCUGCACCCUGCUGUCAGUCAUUUGGCUGAUCUGCACCCGCUCUCUGUGUGAUGACUCCUGAUAUAGUAACACAGUCUGUGGGCUGGUGUAGCACCCACCUGAACUCUACCUGUGUCAGUUUGGCAACAAGACUUGAAAACAUAUCUCCCUCACUUUUCUAAAUCCUAUUUCAGUCCUCACUUUUAAAAUUUCAGGUGGAAUUUUCUCUCCGAUGUCCCCCUGAACGUCAUAUGCCAAAUCUUCAUCCAGAAAUGAUUUAAUCUGAUGCGGUCCUCGAACAUGUUGAUAAACUCAACAAGGUACCUUCACUCCUUAUCAUCCACUUGCUGCAUUGAGUUUGUUGCCAGUAGGGAGUGCUUAGCAGAUACAAUUUUUGUCAAGGGUUUUUCCACUCAGGCUGCUCCUUAUACAGUAUCUUUUGAGGGCAGUUUGUCUUGGCUGUAUGCUUUAAACUAAGGAGAGAGAAAUGUGUGUCCUGUCUGACACUUAAAGCUCCUGUGGAGAACUGUAGUUUGCGUUAAUUCUGGCGCCCCCUGUUGACAAAGCUGUCUUUGCUUAACGUUUCCUCUGAGUAUGUAAGUGGUGUGAUGACAAAAAGUCUUAUUCUGUUCACCUCUUAGCGUCAAAUGUUUAAUAACAUUUGUUGUGAAUACUGUUGUGGAAAUUGUAAAAACAGGCCGACACCUGCCCCCUUGCGCUAAAAUCCGGUAAUAAAAUUACCUUAUAAAAGUGGUUCAUCUUGUUGCUGGUGGUUUUAUGAGCUUUUUUAAACCAUGAAAAGACAUUUAUGAGAAUUUAUGUCAGUAUUGUCUUUAAAGCUCCUGUUUUUUUCAAAAAGAUAAGAACUUUUUUGAUCCCAAAAGGGAAAUUAAAUAAAGUUAUUUUUAUCUUAUAUAUAUUGUAGAAGCUAAGUCAAUACUUUAAACUACUGAGAUGCUUGACCUGGAGUAACCUGGUUGAGUUUUACGGUGAGUUUUGAUGAUCAUUGAAAGUCCGUACGCUGUUCCUCGGAUUCAGCAAACAAAAAAUUUAUUGCAAUGAACAUAACCAAAUUCAUUUUGCAAUUGAUAUCCAACACUAAACAAAUAAGGAAAACGCCGGCAGUUAGUGCCACGACGGUCAAAAAACUUUUGCCCUUCCGGGUCAAACACUUGCCCACAACAGUGACAUGGCUACCUGUAUCCCUGAGCCCCCAGAUAACAAGACAGCGACACCCAAGGCACACAAAGUGAACUGCAACUCAUAAUAUGGAAUCACGACAACAACAUUCAAUAGAACCAUUCUCCUUGGUUAAUCGUGUAAUAAUCUUCUGAGAGGAAAUCAGUCAAUGAAAGAAAUAUUUAUCUUGAACUAAUAUUUGAACUACUAUAAGGCAUCUAAUAGGUACUUUGCACAAAGUACACUUUGCUAUGGCUGCGGACCUGACUGCAACAAACAUGAGUCAUACAGUGAGCACACCAUGACUCAUUCAUUCAUGACCUGAUUGGACCUUUUGAUAUUCGACAUUUCUGUAUGAAAGAUUAAAGCGUCAGUUAAUACCGGUUCAUGUGAACAUUAGGCGUACAGGAGACCCAUUUGGGAGACCAGAACCAAAGCUAAGCUGUCAUAGAGUCAUCUCUACCGCAUAACUGGGCUGAUUUUGAAAGCGCAAUACACCUGCAGUGGAUGAUAGCCUCGCUCCAGUUUGAUUUUGGCGCCCCCUAUGGACAAAGCAGUCUUUACUUGUCUUAUCUUUUACAUGCUCUGAGUGUUUCCCCUCAUACUGCUGUCAUGUGAUGAGGAAAUAUGAGUAUGUUAAGGACAUUUUAAAAACAGAAUUGUUUCUUUAGAUGCUCAGCAAACACUGACUCCUUUGCACCAGUUUCAGGAAUGAAAAAUUAUGAUGUAAAAAUCAUUAAUUAUGCCCCUGACAGACGUGUUUGCUUCUGGAUAUCAUAACAAGGCGUCAAUAUAAAUUUCAAUCCAUUUCAUAGAUGUCAAAAAACUCCUUACAGGAGCUUUAAGGUAGAUCUGUUGCCAAUAUCGUUUAAAAGCUCCACCACUUAUCCUCGUUAAAAGCCAAUAAUAUCAAUUUUGAUACAUAAAUGCAGUCAUUAAACCUUUGCUCUUAAGCCUUAUACAACUCCAUGCAGACUUGGUCACUUAUUUCAUUGUGAUAACUGCUGCCCUCCAUUAAGAACUACAGAUUAUGAUGUGACAGACCUGUGACUCGAGUGUGAAUGCAUGACAACUUUUCCCUUUAAUACGCAGUAAGAAGUCUGUCUAUUACCAAACUGUGUGAUCAACAAAUGCUUUAUUUUGAAAUUGAUCCUGUUUGCUACGAAGACAAAUUAAUUCUGUCGGAACAGAUGUUUCUCAUGAAAAACCUCCAGAGGGAAAUAUCAGCAUGGAAUACUCUCUCUUCCCUGUUGGAGAGCACCUGUAUGUUAUGGUUUUUGUUGAACGCUUGAUUUUGAUUCUCGGUUUACUAGUCAGACACCUCUCGUGCUGACGGGUGUGCUUAUGUAAAUCACACAAUAUUCUGUAAAUGCAUGUUCAGUCCAAAUAACUUCAGAUAACUGGGAUAUUUAAGAUGGUACUAUAUGGUUUCAGGAGACAGCAACUGGUGAUUUAAUAUCUUACAGGUGCCAGCUGUUAAAUUAGGCCUCUCUUUAUGAACUGACCACUGGUCUAAAAGAACUAGAGGAAAUACUGUGGUCCUUUGAAAAUUAUUUGUCCGUGACUUUCAGACCGCCUGUGCUCAGCUGCUCCAGAGCCUAAAAAUAGCUCAUGUCCCAGUGCGGCCUCAGCUCAAUUUUGGCCACAUCUGGAUCCUGCUACCUGUUUUUAACAAUCUUUCCCACGCGGAGAUAACAGCAAGAAAGGUGGAAAUGAAAUUAUGGGGAGGUGUCGGUGAUCCGUUCACACAUCUUGAUAGGCUUUCAUUGACAAGGCUCUUCUGACACAACAUGUCUUGACAUCCUUUUUUGGGGGCUCGCUCAGUUUUCAACAUACUUAUAUAACUGUCAGUGAAACGAACCAUCAUGAAUGAAAUAAUCUCCUAUUAUUCAUUCAAGUCAAACGUGUUAGUUUAUAAUGGACUCAGGUUUUCUAUAUUAGAAGCAAUUGAAGAAGUGUUAACAUUAGUAUUCUAACCGGCAUACGAAUGGCAGUACGAACCUUUCUGUCUUUUUGUUUUAAGUCAAAGGUUUGUAUCUUAUUAGCUAUUUGAAUUAUUUUGUAAAUGCUGCAGAUGUUUUCUAACAGCUCUAUUAGGCUGACUGUAUUGCAUGCUUUUAUCUCUAUUUAUCUGCACCGUACUGUCUGAAUCGUGUCAUCAUCAAAUCCUGAUUUUAAUUAGGUCUCGCCCAGAGUAUAUCAAGUCAAGUAUCCAACAUGUUUUGUCUUCAUUUCAUAACUUUGCACAAAAACAAUAACGUUUUUUUGCCAUUAAGCUCACUAGAAAAUUUCUCCAAGUGUAUUCUGCGACUAGCACUAGCAUUGGAUAGAAGCACAUUAAAACAAACACAAGUUAAAAGCAGAUUACAAUCAUUGCAAUUAUUUAAAACACACAAAUAAUUGCAUUUUAUCACUACAGCUGUGAUUUUCCUGAAAAACCAAGUGCAAGGGUCAAACUCACUCUUCCUUUGGCUGUGCUUGUGGUCCCCACAGAGACAGCAACAAUUAGCUUUUAGCCACUAAUCGCUCCAUCGUGUUUGCCGCCAAAUAUGCUGCAAGCAUAAAGAGAUGUUGAGCCUAUUUUCUGCCACUGAGGCCGAUGAGAUGAAGCGAUGAGAGUGCUGUGUGCCCUGGAUCCAAAACAACGUGCUAAAAGAUGCUAAAAGGCUCGCUAAAACCAAGAAAGACCUGCCAAGUCUGGGGACUCCUUUCCAAUGCUCAUAGUCAUUAGUUGAUGUAAAUAUAUAAACAACAGAAGGCUAAUUAGAUUAUACAAAUUUUGGAGCUGAAACGUUAACAGAAAUUUAAACUAUUUUUGUUUAAACCUGGCUUUUAUUUUGUCCUCAUUGGCAGUAUCAUCAUAUUAAAGCUGCUCCAAACAAGCCUGUGUAUAAUUAUGAGACUCUAUUCAUGAAUAUUCAUCAUUCAGAGCAAAAAAAAAAAAAAAAAAAAAGCAGCAAAACCCAGCUGUGACAUGAAUGACAGCUUUAUGCACAAAGCAGACACGGGUACAUUGUUCCUCCUCAGGCUCUCUGAAACAAGAUGAAACAGACAAAUGUUAUCCAACGCUGUGCGGCCUCGUCCAGCACAUUCCUGCUAUAUUGUGAGUACUUGGUAGACUGAGCUGUGCGUUGUCAUGGAAACCAGUGCUGCUCUAGCUCAUAAUAUUCCCUCGGUGAACAGAGAGCAGAACGGCUUCAACACACAGCCAUUUGUUCCAGUGGUAAAAAAAAAAAAAACACUGAUGGUGGCUUAGGAAAUGUGCAUAGUAAAGGAAAAUCUGACAGCGCACGGCACAUCAGAAAAAAAACAUCUCUGAGUGAGAGUGUGAGACAGAAAGAGAAAGAGAGAGAGAGAGACAUCAGAAGAGAUCACAUGACAAUAUGACUGUUUUACAGGAGCAAGAUUUAUUCUCUUUCUCUCAAGAGGUCAUUGAGGAAGCACGAAAUAGAGAGCAGAUCAUUGCAGUACAGACUCCUUUAAUAACUGAUCGUGACUGCACCACAAACUUCAGGUCCCCCCGACUCGGUGUGUGAUUUGUUUGAGCAGAGUUCUUCAUGGAAACCUUCUGGGGAAAACUCAAAGUAAUAAAUGUAUUCAUCUGUUAUCUUCAUCUGUUAUUAAGAAGCUGUUUUAUGUAAGAAGAAUGAGCAAAUUAAUAUUCAUUUUCUUCUUGAGUAUUUGGUUAUUUUGAGGUGGUUUAUGUAAGGUUCAGCUUGCAUAGGCUUUGGCGCCCCCUGUGGAUAAAACAGGGUCCUUAAAGGGAUAUUCCGGUGUAAAAUUAAUUUAGGGUCAAACACACCAUAACACCGAGUUAGACACUCCCUCGAGAGAUGAAUGUUGCCUAAUUUCUUUAGCAAAGAGACUAAACACAACUCACCUACUCUCUUCCAGCAGCUGCUUGUUUGUAGCGAGACUUCAGGCCAGUCCAUUACGGACUACAGCGGGGGGACGCAGCUCAAGGAAGAACAUUUAUGAUCAUUUCUUCAUGGAAAUGCAAUCAGACCGAGACACUAAGGCAGAAGAACUACCAUGUUUGCAGUGCAAAAUGAUUAAUAUGGUGAUUAUUACUUCAAGGAAGUGAUAAAGAAAGAAAUUUUACGCCAGAAUAUCCCUUUAACAUCCUGUGAUGGUAAAGAAAGACAACACAGAAGAGCAAAGACACUGCAGUUCUCUAAGUGUCCACAUGGGGUUGUUUGCACUACAUCCCUCGUUAGAGGAAAAGGGAAGUAAAACUAAUCUAAUAAGAAUAACAAAAACAUGACUCUGAAAAGUGAAAAAUCAUUGAAAUCAUUGAAAAAGAUUCAACCAAAACCUAAUACCAACCUUAUCUUGCCAAACUAAACAACAAAUGAACGGCACCGCUAACCUAGUCCGCUAAACUUGCCCCAGUCCAAUAAAAACCUUUGCCUCUCAGUUAACAAAUUUUUAUAAUUCAAUGUACUAACAAUAGUUUCUAAAAGCAUAAGACAGGGUCUGGAUGGCCCCUGAGCAGAUGCUGGACAUCAUAUAUGGAGCUCCCCGAUUGGUCCAGCAAGUCCUCUCAUUUACCAAUCAGCUGGUUGGCCUGCGGAGGCUGCUUGACCUUGGGGAUGUACCACUCACGCACCCCACACACCCACACUCUCUCAGAUUAGUAACACAUACAGGAAGGGUCAGCGGCUGCCGUAACACCAAGGAAUCUCCAUUGGGUUCCUUGAUCUAGUGCACAUCUUCUCACUCAUUGCUUUCACACUAUGUAGAGGUUGAUAAAAACAAGAUUUGAUGGUUUCCAAAUCAUGUAAAAUCUAUGUUUCACUAAAAAUACUGUAGACAACAUAUCGUAUAUUUGAUUUACUGUCCUUGUACUAUUCUUGAUUAAAGAAAUGAUUUGCAAACCAUCAAAUUCAACAUUUUUCAUAGUUCCCCAUCAUUUAAAGUAUUUGGGUUGUGUUAUAAAGGCUCAGAGUCAUGCAUUUGCUUUAAUGGGGACAUGGCCGAGUUGACUGACAGGUGGGCACUUUAAAACUGUAUGGCAAGAGGCUUAAGGCCUGCCUCUGUACCUACUCUUCACCAGUAUUUAAGGCUCUGUUCACACUGCAGGUCAAUUCCGAUUUUUUAACCAUAUGUGACACAUAUCAGAUUUUUUCAUGUAAGUGUGAACAGUGCAAUUCUGAUUUUUUAAAAUCCGACCCAGGCCUCUUUUGUAUGUGAAAUCGGAUAUGUAUCUGAUGUGACUGCAGUGUGGACGCUCAGGUCGCAUUCAUCCAACCUAUAUGUCAUCAAAAUGCGACAAACGUCAACAUUGUUCAACAACACAAACAGGCACGGAAAGCAAUGGCGGACAAGGGAACAGAGAACAGCCAGUUGUUCUGUUCACAUUAGAUGCUGCAUUCGUUCUUGUAAUGUGAAGUGACCACACAAAAAGAUCGGAUUUAACCAAAAAUCUGAAUUGUGCAUCAUAACCUGCAGUGUGAACGUAGCCUAGGUUGAUCAAAAGACCUCUCAAGGCACCUUUUCCGAUCUGGCGACAACCAUGGUUUGACUUUUUAACACUGUCACCAUGUCGAUGUUUUAUAACUAAGUAUACUGCUGUUACUUGGUAUGGGGCACUAAAGACAGCUACCUUCUAAUUCCCAGUGUUGUGUCUGAUAGUCCUGUAUUGUGAUCCAGAAAAAGAAAGUGAACACUUUAGCUGUAUUUCUGUGUUGUCCAGCAGAAACAAGCAUGUGGUGGUCUUUUAGUUUUAAGGGUUAUUACCUAAAGGGAUGUUUCCAGCUGAGUGAAAUGACCCAUGAGUAACUAGCAGGCAGCUGGUAAAAUUCUCUAAAUGCUAUGGAAAGAUGCCUCUGUGCUGUCUUUCUUAUAUUUCUCUCUACCUCAUUAUGGGAACCGCUGGUCCAUCAUUUAUAAUUGAGAGUAGAGGAAAUACUAUCUAGUAGUAUAUUACAGCAGCUAUUAGAGCAACUCACCAUGUAGUUAUGAAUGAUGCAACAUAAUCUCCAACAGAUUUCCUCCCUGUCCUGGCGUACUGCAUUGUGACUGCCCUAGAAUAACUGCAGGAGUGAAACCCAAAAGACUGGUGUUUAUCUAAUAUGUGAAACCAAAUAUUUUUUACAUUAACUAUGUGACAGAAAAUGUCAGCAGUCACCUAAACCUGUGGACGAAAACUGUGUUACGUGUGGCUUAUGCAGACUGGAUUAUAUGUGUUUAAUUACUUCAAAUAGAACAAAUGAAAAGAUCAGGUGGUUUGCCAGCUUGUUCAGGUACAUAUAUGACUCAUGAACAGAGAAAGCAGCAAUCUCCAGUAAUUAAAUUAGGCAGGAAAUGAAGCCGAUGCAGAGGUGAUAAACACUGCAGAUCCUUGAGUGUCCACUUGAGACUGGCUCCAAAAGCACUGGAAGCCGCAAACACGCUAAUUCAAAAAAGCUCAUCUUUCAGUUGAAAUACACAUCUAUACAGUCUGGUACAAAAGACGAUUUAGGUCCCAAUAGCUCAUUUCUUGAUACACACUUUACAGGAAGUUGCUUUUUAUAUAUAUCAAGGUAAAGAGUUUUGCACUUGGCUGACAGACAGGCUCAUUGUAGCUGUUAGCAAGAAUGCUAAAGACCCUCCCAACUCCAGCUUCUCACCUGUUAUUUGGUCAACCUAAAGUUAGAUUAAGUCAACAUAUCAAAUAUGGCAUCUGCAGCUUUAUAGGCUUUUAAACCCUGCCUUACAAACCACUGGUUGAUGUCACUGAGGGUACAUCCAUGUUCAUACGGGCUCAAUCAAAAUCUUUAACAGGCAUCAAAGCUAGCAAGCUAUUAGCACAAUAGAGAGCAGAUAAAUGUUACUGAAUAUGGUUUAUGUUUUCCAUGAUGUACUUUUCUGGCCUCCCUAAAAUGAUUGAUGAAAAAUCAUCCAACACAUGCAGUGAUGCAGUGAUGGUGUGUUAUAGGGGCUAGCUUAGGCCUUCUUUGUAGGACUCUUUUGUCAUUUUGACACGAAACCCAGAGUGAACAUUUCACUAAACAUUUUGUGUUUUCAAGAACCUCUUAACAAAAUAUGUCACAACACAUCACACAGUCAUCUGCACUCCUGAGAAAGAGCUUCUCGAAACAAACAACCUAUUGGCAAACUUAGCAGCAAAAGCACUUGUUAAGAUCACUAAAGGUGUCCCACAUGGUUCUGUUUUGGGACCCAUUCUGUUCUCUAUUUUUUUUGUACAAAUGACUGGAUGAGGACAUUAAAGCAAAAAUACACCUCUAUGCUGAUGAUACCAUCAUUAACACCCACUCUCCUCUAUGUUACAGAAGCAGUGCAGGAGCUUCACACAGCAUUUAACUCUUUAAAACCAGCUCUGAUGAGUCUAAAUCUAGUUUUUGGAUGCCCUAAAAUCAGAGUUUAUGGACUUCUCAUAAGCUCACUUGCAACAACCAGAUGAUUGAAUAUUUUAACUGCUGAAGGUAAACCCGUUGAAAAUGUACCCUCUUACAAGCACUAGGGGCAUUUGGUACAUACGUAAAAGUACAUAAAUUUAGUCAAUUUGCUGAGCUCGACUGCAGCCAGUUUUUCUUUGCAUCAUUGUUUUUUUAUAAGUCCUCGACAUGUGGUCUUUGAAUCUGGUAAGUCCUCGAGAUGGUUUCAGUGCAGAUCAAGAAAAAUGUUCAGCAAAGACAAAUGAUGUAUUUUCAUAAGACCAUUAAAUUGCAGCCUCAGUCACCGUUAUUUUGCACCAACCCUAACCCUAUUUAUCAAGUAUGGCUAAAGCAAGUUGCGUCUCAUUGAUACAGGUCAUAAGGUUGUAUAAAAUUACAGUCUGUACUUUGUGUGUCCGUAGAAGAACCCAGUAUCUAAACUGUUCAAGGACUCUCAGCAGACCAAGACAGUUAAAUAUAGAAACAGGCACAGUUGGGUCACAGUAAAUACUCCGCUUUGACACAAUUUCUCAUCCUCUAUUUAUCUUCGGCAGCUAAUUAUCUCACUCGUCAGAUAUGGUCAACUUGCACCACAGUAUCCCAGUGGGUGCUGAGGAGCUCCCAAACACCCACUAUGCAUCACAGCCUAACUUGAAUCUCUUUACUGUGUGAGUUACUGUGACCAAGUGUAGCUUGCCUUUUGGUGGCGUGGGUGGAUACACGUUUUCUCAGCAUUGCCGUAGCUGCAGUGUUUCGUGAUGAGACUGUUUAGUACUACUGGUGAGUCUGCAUACUGGUGGAGGUGGGACUGGAAACAAUGAAGGAGUAGGAUGUCUAUUGUUAAAGAUAUUAUCGGCAUGCAUGUCUUGUUUGUGUUGCUGCCAUUCAAUUUGAGAGUAUGGCCACAUCGAGUCGGUUACAUUAAUAAAUCCAUCUUCUCCUUUUCAGCCCCCAUCGUGACAGAAAGAGGGCUUCUUUCCCAACAAAGACAACUUAGGUUUCUAAGAUACUCUCCAGAGUGUGUAAAUCAUCAAACACUUGUUACAUGUUGAAGUGUGUGUGUGAUAAAAACUGGCUUUCCCAAAAUGAUGUUGCAAUCAGUCAAAAAAAAUGGGUUUCUGAUGGAAGACAUCUCUACGUUUUCAUCUGAAAUGGUUGAUUUUAUUGCUUACUAACCAUUUAGGGAGGCAAAUAUUUUCAAAAAUCCAGGUGUCUCAUUGUUGGCAGGGAUAAAAAUGAUCUAAAAUGUUGUAAAUGAAUAUUACUUUAUCUGACAUUUCUUAUUCCACACUGUCUGUUAAAACUACAAAAAGACUCCAGCACCCAACAGCUUACUUAUUAGAUUUUGUCCACAUUGCCAGCAGCAUGGCUUUUUCCACAAGGUUGUAUCACUAAAUGAUAAAACCUGGUCUCAUUUCUAAAUUGUCAAAAAUCUGAAAAACAAUUUUAGAUCACUUCUACAUGAGAUGCUCUUUGUCUUGCCAUCCUCAGCAAAAUUAUCCCUGGUAAAAAAAAACAGUUAUUUGUUAUAGCUGUGAUAGUUUUUCUAAAACAGACCGUGUACUUUUAAUCCUUGGCGUGUAGAAGGAUAAACACUGGUACCUCAAAAGCCUGAACUAAGUGUCUCAUCUUUGGCAUUGGUUGCCAUUUUUACUCCGUGCAAUCAAUAUAGUCUAACAUUUUGGCUCGUAAUAUCUUGUAAUGGGAUUUAAAAAAAUAAAACCCUCAAGUUUGUGCACCUUUAUAGUAAGUGUAGCAUAUCGUGGCACAACAGUUGUUAAAUUGCAAUAUUCAUUUUGCACUAACAUCAUCUUUUAACUCUUUUAACAUCAAGUUUUGUACAUUUAUUGAUGAAAUAUUUAUACAUUUUUAUAUCAGAGUCAUUGAAAGUGGUAGAGCUUUGUUCCUCAUGUAUAUAUUCUUUCCAUUUUUAUCUCUAAUGUCGAUUUGUGCUCAUCCUUUUUGCUCUGAACCAUCAUUACAGACUCCUUGUAAGAGUGCAAACUACUUGGCAACAAACCCAAUUCUGUCUAUGAUUCUGUAAUGAGUCACUUUGCCUAAGAAGAAGAACACACUUAAAGUUUGACUUUGAGGCUUUAAAUCGUAAGCUUGGUUAGUAUUCACUUCCUUUCUUCUGUAUGUAAUUUAGCUGGUUAUGUUAAAUACAUUUUUGUGUAUCUGGGGGAGUUUUAAGCAUUAAUGUUUGGGUUUUGAUCAAAUAUUCACAUCUUUGGUUUGUGAAAUCGUGGUCUUCUGAGUAACCAUUAACCCCGGCUGUCAACUGAAUGUAUCACAGAUUAACGUGCAGCUUCAUCUGACCUGUCUGUUGAAUUGGAUUUAACCACUUUUUUCAAUCAUUUUUAAUCCAAACAAAUCCAAUAAAUCUUUAAAAAGGUGCAGUCAUUUCCCUGACAAAGUGUGAGUCACUGUUAAAAUUAAUACUGGAUGAAAAUAAAAGAAAAAGGUAAAAUCUUAAAACUGUCAUCAAAUACAGUACUUGUGCAAAGUACUUAGUUUUGGUUCAUCACUGAUUCAUCUGUCCUUUUUUAUAAAUUAGGCAAGUUGGAAAGCACUAUUCAUACACAAGGCAAAUCAAAGUGCUCUACAGAUGCAAGGAAAUACAUAAGAAAUUAAAAAGAAAGAUUAAAAUAGUUAAUUUUUAACAAAUUAGAUACAAAGUGGCGCUGUUGUUUUUUUUUUUUUUUACAUUAUUCACAUCAUUCACGACUUCAUUUCUUCUGCCCCAGGCCUGAAUCCACCGAGAAACCUCAUGGAGCAGGAUGUGGAGAGCCCGGCCAUCAUCAGACAGCCCAAGCUGCCAAAGCAGGCCCGUGAGGAUCUGCCGAAACAGCUGGCAGAAAUUGACCGGACAAAGAAGAUCCAACGGUACGUCCAGAAAGACGGGAAGUGUAACGUCCAUCACGGGAACGUUCGAGAGACGUACCGCUACCUGACAGACAUUUUCACCACGCUGGUAGAUCUCAAAUGGAGGUUCAACCUCUUCAUCUUCGUGUUGGUGUACACGGUGACGUGGCUCUUCUUUGGCUUCAUGUGGUGGCUUAUUGCUUACCUACGAGGUGAUCUGGACCAUCUAGCGGACAACCAGUGGACUCCAUGUGUCAAUAACCUUAACGGGUUUGUGUCUGCCUUUCUGUUCUCCAUUGAGACAGAGACCACCAUUGGUUAUGGAUACAGAGUCAUCACGGACAAAUGCCCAGAGGGGAUAGUUCUGCUUUUAGUCCAGUCAGUGCUGGGAUCUAUAGUGAAUGCCUUCAUGGUGGGUUGCAUGUUUGUAAAGAUCUCACAGCCCAAGAAGCGAGCUGAGACUUUAGUGUUUUCCACCAAUGCGGUCAUCUCCAUGAGAGAUGGACGACUGUGCCUGAUGUUCAGAGUCGGAGACCUCCGAAACUCACACAUCGUUGAAGCUUCAAUCAGGGCCAAGCUUAUCAAAUCUAAGCAGACGAAAGAAGGGGAGUUCAUCCCCCUGAACCAGACGGACAUAAAUGUGGGUUAUAACACGGGGGAUGAUAGGCUUUUCCUCGUGUCACCGCUCAUCAUCUGCCAUGAGAUAAAUCAAAACAGCCCUUUCUGGGAGAUCUCACAAGCAAACCUGGCCAAGGAGGAGCUUGAGAUUGUUGUGAUUCUGGAGGGGAUGGUGGAGGCCACUGGUGAGUAACAAUUAGAUGUUGUGUUUGCAAUAAUGUUAAUGUUGUGCAACAAAAUAUGUAUUUGAUUGGAUUAAAUGAUGCACACUUCUCGUAAUCCCACAUGGUCGCUUAUUCAUGUGCACUAUUUUAGAAGAAAGCAGACUCAAAUUGUCCACACAGGACAGAUACUACUUACUGCAGUGUCCCCUGACUAUUCCUGCCGAGUUACACAAUACCCCAGAAGUUGCAGCACUGUGAAGAUCUACUAUUUCUGUGCCAGCCAGCAACUCCUGUAUAAAAAUACAUGUUAAUAUGUUAGAUCAGAGGGUGUUGAGACGCCUGUUGUCUACUGCUUUAACUGGUUCCUUUUCUCACUAUCAGCCAUGACAAAAUAAACCAGUUAUAUAAGGCUUUGGAUGUUUGAAGCAGCUACUAGAAGCUAACGGAGGACUCUCCUGCAGACUUUUGAGCCAAAGAGGACUCUAUAAAUAACAGAACACCUAGAAUAUGUGUUUAGAAACUAUUAAAACCCUCUGCCUCCUGAGAUACAGGGAGCUGUGUUUCCAUAAGCGCUCUCAGCUAUUCGUAGAGUUCUGCAUGGCGUGUAUUCAGACCAACGGGUGGAAAACAUAUGUGCGUAUAAAUUAAUAAUGACACAGAAACCAUUGUUCAGAGUCCACUAUAAAUGAUUGGUGUAGCUGGAAAGACAGAGAACAGGGCUGAAAUAAAGACACAGAGUGAGGUGAGGAGGAUAGAUUAAAAGCACAGAUGGUCCCAACACAAAGGAAAGUCAUUUAUUGUGCAGGAGUGUAGUUUGAAAACAGAACAGGGAUCAGUAAGUCAUAGCGCCUGCUUGCAGCCAUCUGUAUCAAAAUUGCGCUCCUUCUGAGGGUCAUUAAUCAUUCAGUUUUAAACACACAGUUGCGCCACAUACAUGCAUGGCAAGAACAUGCUACUAUUUCAGGAACCGGUGACACUUUUCCUGGGGACAUACUGCCUCUGAAGUCGCUUUAAAUGAGCCAUCAGAGACGAGCAAUUAUGUCAGUCAUGCAACAAUCCAAUUUCCUGAUUUUUUUCUUGUCCUCCCACAAGAACUUCUUUCUCCUUUUCUAAAUGCAAUAUAAAAACCUUCAGUAUUUUAUGGCUGACAAUACAGAAACUACCAUUUUAGAGCAGAAAACGCAAAAAUGGCGGUUGCACGCACAACAAAUGUAGCAUUUCGAGGAUUUGGUUUCGUAGCCGUCUCUAAAAUCCAAGCCAUGAGUCAAAUAUUUUGAGCGCACUCAUGGCAGAUUCUUGAUUGAAAUUUCUGGAAAUAUUUGGGCUACUCUGACAAACCUCAGCCAUCAGAUGACUUGGGGAUGGUAAACUGUCUUUAACGUUAGCUGAGCUUGUUGUCCACGGCUCAGCUAGCUUCUAGGUUGAGGAGUCUCUGAGCACUAAAACAGGCCAAUCAAAUACAGCAAUCAUAAGCUGUUUCCACACAUGUACCAGACUAUUUUGGUUGUAUACGAACACAAGCAGCUGAUUUUUUAAAUUUCGAUUUUAAGCGAUCUUUCUUUCCUCGAGCCCCCAGUGCAGUUUCUGCCAGAAGUCAGGAUGAGCCAGUGUGACAUUGCUAGCUAGUGGGUUGCUGUGAUUACCUUUUCUGCCAUGUGCGUGUGAUGAAACCGCCUCAUACUCUUCUGUUUCCCACUCCAAUGUGGGCUUGUGCAAAUGGGCAACUUUGUAAAACUUAAGAGCAAGCUGUUACUGAAAAUUUUCAGGGUUGCAUGUAUGGAAAGGGCUUUUUAAAAGUAGUACAAGGUUGGCAAUAUUCAGUUACUGGAAAACUGUAUUGGUACUAAAUAUUGAUGAAGACUGCAGGUGCCUGAAUUUGUAGUGAGAACAGUUUUUCUUAAUAUCCAAAUAUCUGCUUGUAAACUUCUACAAAUUCAUGAAAAAAUACUUUACAACUUUCAUUUGUCGCCAUAAAACAUGAUUUCCAGAUACAAUCAGAGGGAAUCUCCACGACUGAAAAUAGGGAAAUAUUCUGCUUUAAUAUGUGAUAAGAAGUCUUUAUACUGUUAAUAUGCAGACUUAAAGGGAUAUUCCGGCAUAAAAUUAAGUCAACACCGAGUCAGACACCCCGUCAAGAGAUGUAUGUUGCCAACUGCUUGCUUCUCUAGUUAUACCAUUUUUAGAAACGACCACACGAUAGCAAUACACAGAGCCACACGCUCAACCAGAAAGCCACUCUGUACCAUCAAAUAAUGCUCAGAACAGCACCUAACUUCAUCAACAGGACAGAUAGGGUCCCAGACAUAGUACUAGCCACCAAUCUUUUUAGCUUUGCCUAAUUUCUUUAGCAAAGAGACUCACCCACUCUCUUCCAGCAGCCACUUGUUUUUAAGGGGACCUCUGGGUGAGUCCAUCUACUGCAACGGGGUGACACAGCUCAAGGAAGAACAUUUAUGAUCAUUACUUUAUCAUUUCCUUGAAGUAAUAUUCAUCAUGUUAAUCAUUUUGCUCUGUCUUAGCGUCUCGGUCUGAUUGUAUUUCCAUGAAGAAAUUAUCAUACAUGUUCCUCCUUGAGCUGCGUCACUCCGUCUCCGUAUGGUCUCCGUACAAACAAGCAGCUGCUGGAAGAGAGUGGGUGAGUCUCUGUGCUAAAGAAAUCAGGCAAGGCUAAAAAGAUGUUUGGUGGCUAGUACUACGGCUGGGACCCUAUAUGUACUGUUGAUGAAGUUAGGUGCUGUUCUGAGCAUUAUUUGUGGCUAUAGAGUGGCGUUUGGUUGAGUGCAUGUCUCUCUGUAUUGCUAUCGCGCGGUCAUUACUAAAGUUGGAAGCAAGAGAGAAGUAAGCAGUCUGGAGCAUUCAUCUCUCGAGGGGGUGUCUAACUCGGUGUUAUGGCGUGUUUGACCCUAAAUUAAUUUUACACCAGAAUAUCCCUUUAAAGUAAUGAUCAGAAAGAUGGUCUCAAUGAUCACAAAUGUUGAUCUUGAUUUCUGUGUUGUAUUUACAGGCAUGACAUGCCAGGCGAGGAGCUCUUACGUCAGCAGUGAGAUCAAGUGGGGCUACCGCUUCACGCCAGUCCUGACGUUAGAGGACGGCUUCUAUGAGGUCGACUACAACAGCUUCCACGAUAUCUAUGAAACCAACACACCCCCCUGCAGUGCCAAAGAGUUGUUUGAUAUGACCAACCGCGCCCGCCUGCCUCUCACCUGGUCUCUGGCCAGUAAGCUGAGCCAGCAGGGACUGCCAGAGUCUGAGCAGGAGGGUCCAGAAACCAAGACCAGCAAAGAAAAAGAGGGGAAGAACCAGCAGACUGAGAGGAACGGGGACAUUGCUAACAUAGAGAGCGAGUCUAAAGUGUAGCGAGUGUGACAGAGAUCCAUAUGAGAUUAUUACUGAGUACUGAAGGACUCACCACACAACGUUUCAGAGCACAGGUGAGAGUCUAAGGUACCAAACGAGGACCAAUGAGCACAGUAGACCAAGUACCCCUGCACCAAGAACCGAUUCUUUCUCAGUGAUUCGCAGUUACCCCAAAACAUCUAGACAUGUGACCCACCGCUGAACUGAAAACCCUCUGCGGAAAGUGCAUGUUUCAUAUAUAAUGUGAUGUCCUCCUGAUGAGAUUCCUAUUAUUUUUUCUAUUAAGAUAUUCUUAGGGGCAUUUGCAUAAGUAUUUUUGUAUAUACUAUAAAAUGUUUUGAAUUCUUUGUUUUGUUGCGGUGUGAAUAUUUCACAGAUGUUUGAUACUUAUACCUUUAGGUUAGUUCUGUAUAUAUAUUCUAUGCCUUACUGUAUGUAUGAAGCCUUCAUUAUUUGAUAUUUGAGAACUAUAUUAGCAUGUAUAAACAUUAUCUGCAGUUAAUUUAUCUUGUAUUCUGUACAUACUGUAUGAAGAUAAUGUAAUAAGGAACACAUACAUCUCAAUGGAUGCAAACUCUAGUUUAAACCAAUGACAGAUACUUCCCCGAAUGACAAAUGUUUGUUUAAGGUAGAGCUACACGUCUACAAUACCGUUCCUUGAGAAGCCAUGACCUGCUGUUUACAGCCGAGUGACUUCAGACAAACGGCCCUUUAAAACUGCAUCUCGUCACUUUUGCACACUGGAGGCCUCUGGUGGAGAAAGAAAGUCGCUGUUCCAGUAAAUCCCUCACAUGUCACCUGACAGUAUCAAAAAUAAAUAAACUGAUGAUUGCCUAUCAUUUUCUUGCUUUCUUUCUGACCAUGGGAUUUUUUAGAAUAAUAAUUUUGGGUGGCAGAAGCUCCUCAACGGUAAAAGAAGUACUGAAAUUCUCAACUUUACAAUAACGAAUACAGUAUGGGAUCAUGGAGUUUACAAGUCAAAGUCCUGGAUUCAGAACCUGAUUGCAUUACGACAACCCCUAUGUAUUAAAUCUUCAUUUUACUAUCUGGUA